AGAAUAAAAAUAUAUACAGUUACCAAUAUUUUCCCGCACUGAGCGUGACUCUGCUCUGCUUUGAAGUAGAACAGCUCUUCCAUUAAAAUUCACCUUUUUUCUUCACUUCAUAUUGUUAAUUUUGUAAUAUUUUCAAUUAUAUUCAAAAAAUCAAGUGUUUCAAUUACAAGAUUCCAGCUUCUGGGGGUUGUAAUCAGUAACCCUAACCCUAACCCUAACCCUAAGUCCGUUUUUGAAGAUUGCCAUGGACGAAAAUGAAGCUGCCGAAGGCGACGGGUUUGGGGAUCGGGUCGGGGCUCCGGUGGAUCAGUUUCACAGGAAUGAAGCUAUCUCAGCUGUAGCGGAUGAUGGUUUUCUUGUUGAAGAAGAAGAUGAUGAUUAUGAGGAUCUUUAUAACGAUGUUAAUGUUGGUGAAAAUUUUCUUCAGUCAGUUCGUAAGAAUGAGGAUUUAGGGUUUAAGAAGGAGACUGAGCUUGUUGCUCCAACACCGGAGAGUAGCCGUGCCGCUCUGCCAGUUGCAGUUGGAGAGGUGAAAGUUGAGAAAGAAGAGAAUGUAGUGUCUAGGGUUUCGGAUGGACCUGNAGAUGGACCUGACGGGUUUAGGGAUUUAGGGUUUAGGGGGAAUGAGUUGGGAGGUAGAGAUCCGGUAAAGGUCGAGUCUUGUGAUCCGGUAAAGGUUGAGCCUUGUGAUCCGUUGGGUAAGGUAGCUGAUUUAGAGCAGAAUGCGAGAGAUAAUGUUGUGAAUCGAGGGGUUAUUCAAAGGCCUAAUGCUGCUGGUGCGGGUAGUUUAGGAAAUGCUGGUAAUGUUGGGAAUUCAGGGAAUGAUAAUUUGGUUAGGCACGGAAUGGUGAAUGGGAACUCAACGGGUAACAAUGUUGGUGGAGGACCUAGUGGAGGAGGAGGCGGUGGUGGAGGGACGGUUCUAUUUGUUGGUGAUCUGCAUUGG